CAUACAUAUGCUUUGCCCUUAGCUUCUUUCAAUCCAUUCCUUCCUUCCACUUCUAGCUUACCUUCUUUCUAAAUAUAUAUGUAUGUAUAUCUUAAUUAAUUAGCUUGUUUCUUGGAUCAGCUCAAUCGCAUCUCAAACAAACAAUAAUGGCGGAGGAAUCUGCAGAGCCUCCAUCUUUUGAGUAUACUCCCACAUGGGUUGUCGCCGUUUUUUGCUCCGUCAUCGUCCUCCUCUCCCUAUUAGCCGAGCGUGGCCUCCAUAAACUUGGACUGUUUUUCAAGAGAAAGGACCAAGAGGCACUGUUUGAAGCCUUGCAGAAGCUCAAGGAAGAGUUGAUGCUUUUAGGAUUUAUUUCACUGCUGUUAACGGUGUCACAAGGGCUAACAAAAUACAUGUGUAUUCCUCACCAUUUGUCAACCAUCAUGCUUCCAUGCAAGAAACGGAGGUCUGAGGAGGAGGAGGAAACUCCCGCCCAACACGCUACCACUAUGAUGAGAAGGCUUUUGACCACUCAUGAUCAAAGCAUACAAAAUUGUGCACGCAAGGGAAAGGUGCCGAUGAUGUCGUUGGAGGCGCUGCAUCAACUGCACAUAUUUAUAUUUAUUAUGGCUCUUGCUCAUGUUAUCUUCUGUGUCACAACCAUGCUCCUCGGAGGAGCUAGGAUAAGACAAUGGCGGAAAUGGGAGCAUUCGAUUCGAAGAGCUUCACAAGAACAUGAAGGUCAUCAUAGGUUGCAUAUACGACAUCUGCAAUCAUUCAAGGAAAGAGCAGGCAGAUAUUGGAGAAAGUUUACAGUUAUAAGUUGGCUGGCAGCGUUCUUCAAACAAUUCCAUGGCUCAGUUACCAAGUCUGACUACGUUGUGCUGCGAUCAGGAUUUAUAAAUGCACACUGUCCUACGAAUCCUAAUUUUGAUUUUCACAAGUACAUGCUGAGAACACUGGAACAUGAUUUCAGAAGGAUUGUGGGCAUUAGUUGGUACUUGUGGGUGUUUGUUGUUGCAUUCUUGCUGUUGAACAUAUCAGGAUGGCACACCUAUUUUUGGCUGUCAUUUCUACCUUUGAUUCUACUUCUUGUUGUGGGAACAAAAUUAGAACACAUAAUUAGUGAACUGGCACAAGACUUUGCAGAAGGGAACACUACUACUGGCAGUGGUGGUGAAGCAGUGAUCAGACCUUCUGAUGAGUUGUUUUGGUUCAGAAGCCCAAAACUGGUGCUUUACAUAAUUCACUUCAUUUUGUUCCAAAACUCUUUUGAGAUUGCAUUCUUUGUGUGGAUUAUGUAUACUUAUGGAGCUAGAUCAUGCAUCAUGGAAAGAUUGAGUUUCACCAUCCCAAGGCUUGUAAUGGGGGCGGUUGUUCAAUUUCUGUGCAGUUACAGCACGUUCCCUUUGUAUGCGUUGGUUACUCAGAUGGGAAGUAGCUUUAAAGAAGGGAUGUUUAAUCAUAUGCUUCAUAAUACAAUCCUACAAUGGGCUGGGAAGCCUGCAUCUGCACACUCCAUCACACAGCCAAUUGAAAGCAUUACCAUAUCUGAAACCCUACCCAACUCAUCAACAAUUCAGCUCUCUCAUUAACAUUCAACUUUAUGUAUUCAUUCUUUUUUCACUAUUCAAAUUACAAAAGCAUUGAGAAUGG